AUAGACUUCCGUUGGUAGAAGGCAUUUUGCUUGUAGUGAAAGUACCAAAAAUUCCUUUCAUAUGUACUCCAUUAAAAAAAUACUAGAAAAUGAGUUAUCAUUUUUUAUCUUGAAAAUGAUCCCAUUGCUAUUGAUAUACUUAUAGUGGGUACAUGGCUCCAGAGUAUGCAAUGCAUGGGCAGUUCUUAAUAAAAUCAGAUGCUUUUAGUUUUGGUGUGUUACUUUUAGAAAUUUCAUGGAAAAACUGGAAAGAAGGGACAGGAUUAAAUCACCUAGAUCCAACUUUGAGAAAUGGUUCAACCGCUGAAAUGAUGAGAUUCAUCCAUAUUGGUUUGCUAUGUGUUCAAGAAAAUGUUGCUCACAGACCAACCAUGGCUUCAGUUGUUCUCAUGCUUAAUGACAAUUUAAUUAGUCUCCCAGUGCCCUCUAAAUCUGCAUUUUUUGUGCACAGCAACAUUGCAUCAAACAUGUCAUCCUCAUUUGGGUACAAUUCAUGGGUACAAGACUCGCAGAGAUCAGAGGAACAAUUAGUCCCCUUGUCAAAUAAUGAUGUUUCAAUUACAGAGCUAUGUCCUUGGUAGUUUUUGAGAUUCAAAGGUACAAUUAGAUUCAUAUUGUCAAUCAGGUUCAAAAUAAUGCUAGAAUUCACUUGUUAGAUGUAUUGGUAUCUAAUACUUGUUUUUGUAAGAAAAACUACUUCCAAGCACAAAAAUAUAGUGUAUGAUUUGAUUUGGGUACUGGUUUUCUUCUUGUAUAAUUUGAUACGGUGUAUAAUUUGGCAUUGGUUUCUUUCUUGUAAGCAAAAUCACUUCCAUUUACUGAUUCACUGUAACAUUUUAUGGCCUUGGCUUAUUCCAUCUCAAUCAAAUUGACUUGCCUAA